UUGUGGCACUCGUGGUCUUUGUGUGUUGGUUAGAAGUGGGUGUUACCAUACAAUUUGACAACUCGCCUCUCCUCCACGUCUCUAUGCUUUGCUGAAUUCCCACCAGGAAAGGAGGCUUGUCUUGUUUUUCCUUGUCUACUCUCUCUCGUCUCUCUCUGUCUGUCUGUCUCUACCCAUAUUUAUUCCAUGUCCUGCUUUUUUAAAGUGAUAUUAUCCCCAGAGAGGGCUCAAAUUUGGGAAUAUGCACUAUUUGCCAUUCUGGCAGUGUGACGCACUAUGACAUUUAGCUGUAUGCAUAUCCACAUAUGUACGUGUACCCUGUGAAGGACUUAAAGGUGUUUGUUUGGGAAAUACUAUCUGGUUUAAUGAAAGGAGAAUGACGUGAAAUUCUCCAAGUCUCUACCACAGACUUCAAAUGCUCUUUUGCACGGGGGAUAGGCUAUAAUCAAGUAUAUACUGUGUUUCUUUUGCAUCCCUAUCAGGUAGAGCAGGACCUGGCCAGCCACGCGAACAAGAUGAAGUUACUGGAGAGCGAUUUGGACCUGGCCGAGGAAAGGGCAACCGACAGUACGGCAAAGCUGAAGGAUGCAGAGACGAGAGUAGAGGAGCUGGAACGAGAGAACAAAGGCCUACGAAAGGAAAUAGAACGGAUUGAAGGAUCGACGAACUUAACGCAAAAAGUCAAAGACCUCGAGGCGCAGAGCGAAGAGGCACAACAGAGAAUGCGGACGUUGGAGCGUCAGGUCGACCAGUUGGAAGCCGACUUGGAGCAGGCAGAGGACAACUACGAGAAAGCCAAGAAAGAGCUCGAAACCACUCUCGCGGAAUUGGGAGACUUGUAAUGGGGCAGCCCCUGCAAAAAUAGUUCAUUUGUUUUGCAGUUCAAUCGAGACUCUCACGAAGAGUAAAUUUAAACUUAGUCCACUUGUAGUAGCUACAGUUAGCUAUUUUAUUUUGAUUUAUGUGAUUUUGGCACAGAAUGUGUUGUGUGCUAGUACAUACCUUCCCUGUAAUAAUUUGCAACAUUUGCUGUGAAUCUUUUUCUAGUGCAGAGGCACAUGGUAAUUUUGGAUGUAAUAGAGAUUAAUGUCAUGAUCAACAAUGUUUGUAGGCUAUUUGUCACAUUGCCCCAAAUUUUACCACAGACAUCA